AUGGCCGAAGAACAUGACUCGUUUUAUAGUGAUUCAAUUUAUUCAACCCGGUCAAGCUCUGACUCAGAAGCUCCAUUGUUAGGCGAUGAAGAGCUUCUUGUUUAUGAAUUGCAAAAUAAAGACAGACCUAAUAAUACCAAAGGGACAAGUUUUGGUGCAUAUAUAAAUAUCACCUGCCUGAUGGCCGGAAUAGGAGUUUUAGGCUUACCUGAGACUCUCAAUAAAGGUGGCUGGAUCGCUUUAGGAAUUAUUAUAGUUUCAAUGUUGAUAGCUCUAUACACAAGUAUCAUCAUCAUCAAGUGCCUUUACCAUAACGGUAAAUCCCGCUUGUCAACAUAUGGGGAAAUAGGGCAAGAUGCUUUUGGAACUUUUGGAAAAUAUUUAGUUGAAUUCUUUCAUAACGUCACUCUUAUUGGUGUUUCAGUAUUGUACUUCAUCCUUGCUGCGGAAAAUCUUAACGAAUUGGCGAGUCAUCAUUAUGAUACCGAUUUGGGAAUCAAAAUUUGGACAUGUAUUUGUGCAGCCUUUGUUAGUGUUCCUUUCAUUUUUGCAAAAACACUAAAAGAGGUUGCGAUCAUAAGUAUAUUUGGCGCAUUUGCGACUUUAUUUUGUAUUAUUGCUAUCGUGAUUCUUUCAUUUGAGCAUUGGCGCGAUUCUACAGAUCCACCAUCCUAUAAAAUAUUAGAUUUGUCGGGAAUUCCAACCUCUUUAGCUACUAUUUCGUUUUCCUAUGGAGGAAAUAACGUUUUUCCGCAUAUCGAAGAAAGUAUGCAAAAGCCGCGUCAUUGGAAUAGGGUUGUUACUGCAGCAAUAUGUACAUGUGCAAUCAUGUAUUUCCUGGUUGCAUUCUUUGGGUAUUUAGCCUAUGGCGAUACAACAGUAAACCCAAUUUUGAAAGUUUUGCCUGAAGGACUUCUUUUAACAUCCGCAUCCAUUUUAAUUGUUAUUCACGUGCUUUUUACAAUACCUAUUCUUAUGACAUCUUUUGCGAUGGAGGCUGAGAAAUUCUUAAAUAUUACACGCGAACAUCACUCAAAAAUAGUUGAAUUUUUAUUACGCACCGUAUUUCGUUUAUUUUUGAUUUUACUAUCCGUUGGAAUUGCUAUACUCGUACCUUGCUUUGGCGAUAUCAUGGCCUUAUUGGGCGCGUUGACAACUUGUCUUUUUGUAUUUGUGUUGCCUGUGUUAUUUUACCUAAAAUUGUUUGGCUGGGAGAGAAUGUCGUAUUUGACGUUGAUAUGGAACGUAUUUGUUAUAAUUGUGGGGUUAAUUGGGUUUGUAAUCGGUAGCAUUAGUGCUUUAAAUAAUUUAUUUGAGGAUUUUAUUGUUACUAAGAAGUAG